AUGGGGAAGGUGGCGGUGGGGGCGGCAGUGGUGUGCGCGGCGGCGGUGUGUGCUGCGGCGGCGCUGGUUGUACGACACCGUAUGAAGAGCUCGGGGAGGUGGGCCCGGGCUAUGGCGAUACUGAGGGAGUUCGAGGAUAAGUGUGGGACCCCCAUCGGGAAGCUGAGACAGGUGGCUGACGCCAUGACUGUGGAAAUGCACGCUGGCCUCGCAUCCGAAGGCGGCAGCAAGCUCAAGAUGCUCAUCAGCUACGUCGAUAACCUCCCCACUGGGGAUGAGCAAGGGCUGUUUUAUGCAUUGGACCUUGGUGGGACAAACUUCCGUGUCAUACGUGUACAGCUUGGUGGGAAAGAAAAACGUGUUGUUAAACAAGAAUUUGACGAAGUUUCAAUUCCACCAAAUUUGAUGACUGGGACUUCAGAAGCAUUAUUUGAUUUUAUUGCUGAAGCACUUGCAAAAUUUGUUGCUACGGAAGGAGAAGGUUUUCAUCCUGCUCCUGGUAGACAAAGGGAGCUGGGUUUUACCUUUUCAUUUCCUGUGUGGCAAACAUCAAUCGCAUCAGGAACCCUUAUUAAGUGGACAAAAGGCUUCAAUAUUGAAGACGCGGUUGAGCAAGAUGUGGUGGGAGAGCUGACCAAAUCAGUGGAAAAAAUUGGCCUUGAUAUGCGUGUUACAGCUUUGGUCAAUGAUACAAUUGGUACAUUAGCAGGAGGUAGAUACCACAAUCAGGAUGUCAUUGCUGCUGUGAUAUUGGGCACUGGGACAAAUGCUGCUUAUGUAGAACGGGCUCAUGCCAUUCCAAAAUGGCAUGGUCUUCUACCUAAAUCAGGAGAGAUGGUUAUCAACAUGGAGUGGGGUAACUUUCGCUCAUCACACCUUCCACUGACAGAAUACGAUCAAGCACUUGAUGCUGAGAGUUUAAAUCCUGGAGAUCAGAUCUUUGAGAAGAUCAUUUCUGGCAUGUAUUUAGGGGACAUUGUUCGCAGAGUAUUGUGCAAGAUGGCUGAAGAAGCUUCCUUUUUUGGUGAUGUUGUCCCCCCAAAACUGAAAGUUCCCUUCAUACUAAGGACUCCUGACAUGUCUGCCAUGCAUCAUGACACGUCUCCAGAUCUAAGAGUGGUUGGGAGCAAACUAAAGGAUAUCCUGGAGAUCUCCAACACCUCGUUGAAAAUGAGAAAGGUUGUUGUGGCGCUAUGCGACAUAGUUGCCACUCGUGGGGCCCGCCUCUCUGCUGCAGGGAUCAUGGGAGUGCUGAAGAAGUUAGGUAGAGACACAGUAAAGGAGGGAGAGAAGCAAAAGUCGGUUGUAGCAUUGGAUGGUGGUUUGUAUGAGCACUACACCGAAUUCCGAACCAGCAUGGAGAGCACUCUCAAGGAGUUGCUGGGUGAUGAAGUUGCUGAGCACAUUUCCGUCGAGCACUCAAACGAUGGCUCCGGAAUUGGAGCUGCCCUCUUGGCAGCCUCUCACUCCCAGUACCUUGAGGUAGAGGAGUCAUAA